AUGACAAACCAUUGGUAUCAAAAUAUGGAUGAAGGGUUAAUCAAUGGAGUUGUCUUUUUAGAUCUAAAAAAAGCAUUUGAUACCGUUGACCAUGGUAUUUUAUUAAAAAAAUUAUAUUUGUAUGGAGUGAGAGGAAAGGCGCAUGACUGGUUUAGGUCCUAUCUGUCUAAUCGUACCCAGUAUUGUCAAGUUAAUGGCAAACUGUCUGAACCACGAACAAUAAUUACUGGUAUUCCGCAGGGCUCAAUUCUUGGACCCUUACUCUUUCUUGUUUACAUAAAUGACUUGCCAAAUUGCUUAAAAAGUGCGGAUUGUGACAUGUUUGCUGAUGAUACUCAAUUAGGAACGGCAAAUAAGGAUGUCAAAGUAAUUUUUGAAACGUUAAAUGAUGACCUAGCAAAUAUUUCAGUUUGGAUGGCGGCCAACAAGCUGAGCCUGAACAAAAGCAAAACUGAAUAUAUGUUUAUUGGAUCACAUAAAAAACUUAAACAGUGUAACUCCGAAUUGCAAAUAAAAAUUGGAGAUACGCCUAUUCAACGAGUAACCGUUACUAAAUCACUGGGUAUGAUGGUAGAUGAGACCUUAACCUGGCAUUCUCAAACAGAUCUAAUUACAAAGAAAGUGAACAAGGGUCUUUACGUUCUUAGACGAUUAAGAGAUUUUGUUGAUGUAAGGACUCUAGUAACAGUUUACAAAACUUUAAUUCAACCACACUUUGAUUACUGCUCGCAAGUAUGGGGUUGUCUUGGAAUUACCCUUCAAAACCAGUUGCAACGUUUACAAAAUAGAGCAGCACGUAUCAUUACAAAGCGUGGGUAUGAAUUUAGAUCAGCCGAUAUACUUAAAGAAUUAGAUUUACCUAAUUUAAGUCUCAGAAGAAAUAAUCAAUUAUGUACUACUAUGUAUCAGGUAAAUAAUAAUAUGGUGCCUGAUUACCUAAUUGAUUUAUUCACGAAAACCAGUACACUUCAUAAUCAUAAAACUAGGCAGACUGAAUUUAACUUUGCACUCCCGAGGCCAAGUACCAACUUUUGUAAAAAAUCAUUCUCGUACAGAGGAGCUGUAGCUUGGAAUGAUUUAUUACCUAAUAUAAAAAAUAUGGGUUCAUUGUCAACCUUCAAAAGGGCUCUAGUGUCAAAUAGUCGUAAUAAUUCUUGAUAAUCAAUUUAUCUUUUUUCUUUUCUCUUCGAUUUUAUUGUAUUAACUUAAUAAAAUAUUUUUAUAAUUGCAUGUAAUUAUUCAUACAUAUAUAGCACGGCCUAUUGGAAGAUCACAUCUUGUAAAUAUUUUAGUUUUUGUCUUUGUGAAAUAGUACCGUGGGUAAAUAAAGUUUGAUUUGAUUUGAUUUGAUUUGAUUGCUAGUCGUUUAAUUCCCCUAGACAAAGGCGAAGGUGCGGUAAGUCCUAUCGGAGUAGGAGAGGUAAUAAGAAGGAUAAGUGCAAAAUGUGUUAUGAGCUUUGCAAAGAAGGACGUUGUGGAAGCAAGUGGAUCGUUACAAUUAUGCCUGGAAGUGAGGCUGCAAUACACGCAAUGA